AUGAGCUCCGAUAAUCCCGAACCUUCUUCUUCUAAAGCUGCAGAAGUACCUCCUGAACCUCAAAUACAUGUCAAAGCUAGUGGAAAUGCUAUUUUAAGAGGAAAUCCACUACUCAAAUACAUCACACACGUACCUUGGGAAUUUGAUGACAGAAUGUUGGCAGAUUAUGUUAUGGGUCAGACAACUUGUGCUUUAUAUUUGUCUGUUAGAUAUCAUAAUCUUAAUCCAGAUUAUAUACAUGAUCGUCUAAAAAUUUUAGGAAAAAACUAUCUGCUUCGUGUAUUACUAGUAAUGGUAGAUAUUAAAGACCCUCAUCAUGCGAUAAAAACAUUAACGAGAAUAUCAAUUUUGGCAAAUUUGACCAUAAUGCUUUGCAGAAGUUCAGAAGAAGCUGGUAAAAUUAUUGAAAGAUAUAAAAUUUAUCAAAAUAAGCCUCCAGAUCUUAUAAUGGAAAAAAAAGAGGCAGAUCCUUAUUCCAGAAUUAUGUCUGCAUUGAUAACAAUUCGAUCAAUUAACAAGACUGAUGCGACAAUUUUGUUGUCAACUUAUGGUACACUCAGAGGAAUAUUAAAAGCCUCAGAAAAUAGUUUAUCGUUGUGUCCUGGAAUAGGUCCACAAAAAGCAUCGAGAUUAUAUAAAACCCUUCAUGAAUCAUUUUUGAAAGGAGAUUUAAAUUGUCGACAACGUUUUACCAAAUCAAAUUUUCUAUACCUUAAACAAUGCCAUUGUGGUAUAUCUCUCAUGUUGUUAAUAAUCUACAGAGACAAAAAGAACAAAAAUUGA